AUGUUUAUUAAUUGUCACUUCAUCCUUUGCUCUCUAGUGUGCCUGGCAGCGGAAGCCGAGGAGCGGUUAUUCACACAGCUGUUCAUUGGAUACAAUAAGCUGGUGAGACCAGUACGAAACGUAUCUGAAGUUCUAACCGUGGCAUUUGGACUCACGAUCUCCCAGUUGAUUAACGUGGAUGAAAGAAACCAAAUAAUGACGACUAAUGUAUGGCUAAAGCAGGAAUGGGUGGAUUACAGAUUGAGAUGGAACCCAGCAGAGUAUGAGGGACUGAGCGUGUUGCGCGUACCUUCCACGUAUCUAUGGCUUCCGGAUAUAGUACUGUAUAACAACGCGGAUGGAAACUACGAACCCACCCUGAUGACGAAAGCAUUGGUGUACAACACGGGUACUAUAUACUGGCUUCCUCCUGCUAUUUAUAAAAGUGCGUGUAAAAUUGAUGUGCAAUACUUUCCAUUUGAUGAGCAGAAUUGCAUCAUGAAAUUUGGUUCCUGGACUUAUGACGGGAGAGUCUUGGAUUUAGUCAUGAUGGACGAAGAUGUCGACUUGGAAGACUACUGGGAGAGUGGAGAGUGGGAUAUAUUAGGCUCUCCUGGAACAAAACACGUUCAGAACUACCCAUGCUGCGAGGAGAUCUAUACAGACAUCACUUUUAGUUUCAUUAUUCGCCGGAAACCACUUUUCUACACCGUGAACUUGAUCAUUCCUUGUGUGUUGAUUUCCUUUCUAUCCGUAUUGGUGUUUUAUCUGCCAUCAGACUGCGGUGAGAAGAUCUCCCUCUGUAUCUCCGUCUUGCUAGCGUUGACUGUGUUCCUGUUGCUGAUUUCGGAGAUUAUUCCACCAACAUCAGUGUUAAUACCUUUAAUCGGGCGCUAUCUUCUCUUCACUAUGGUUUUAGUGACCUGCUCAAUUGUAAUUACAGUAAUAGCGUUGAACGUGCACCAUCGCUCGCCAAGCACACAUUCAAUGUCUCCGUGGGUGAGGAAGCUUUUUCUAGAAAGCAUUCCACCUUGGAUCGGAAUGAGAAAGUACAGCCAAAGCAAAGUUGGCCAUAUGAGGGAGUUGAAACUGAAUUCAGAUAUUGAACUCCAAGAAUACGAACCCCAAACACAGAAUAUGGAUGAAAAUUUCAGACCUAAUGAAUGUUUUUCAGGGGGUUCGAAAGUUAGGACUAUAUCACAAGAUGUGUUCAAAGGCCCCGAUGAAACUGGCACAUUUUGUAUGCGAACCCUUACUGGUUGCUGUGGUUCAGCUUCCAUACCUGCCAGCGUUGACGAAGCAGUACAAAAUGUGAAAUUUAUCGCUCAACAUCUUAGAAACGAAGAUGACUUUAAUACUAUGAGCGAGGAGUGGAAGUACGUUGCCAUGGUGAUGGAUCGCAUAUUUUUAUUGAUGUUUCUAAUCGCCGUGAUAUGCGGGACCGGUGCGAUCAUUCUUUCCGCACCGAACAUCUUCGACAGUUAUGAAAUUCAAAAGUAA